GUAAAAAUAUUGCAGGUCUAUUUUAUCUUCUGGGACCUCAAUAGAGAGACAGUUGGGACCUUCACAAGCCGACCGAUCAGUCAGCCAAUCUUCCCAUCAAAUUUACACGCACAAACGCAGAUACACAGACGUACAACCGGUCAGUCAGAAGCCUGUAUCUCGAGGACAGAUGAUAGCGCAGGUCAACGAGAUGCUUGGUUCUUGACGAGACCCGAAAGACUGGAGUCGGACACAUACGCAACCGAUGAGGGUCGGGAGACUAGUUUUUCGUCUGACCAGAUGACCACUAGUGUCGUAACAGUGGGCCGGAAGACUUGGUUGUCUUAG